CUUAUUAUACAAAGGGGUCCAUUUCAUUUCUUUCUGUAUUUAUAUCGGCUGCGGCUGCUUCACAGGUUAUGAACUUCUCUCCCAUGGAAACCACACCACGCAUAUCACAGUGACCCGGGCGUAUGCGUAAAAAUGUAUCUGUAUUAUAUGACGUCUAAUGAACUUGACGGUGGAUAUCUCAGGUCGGCUGUCUGUGUGGUUGAGUGGUGAUCUUCUGACGGUCUUGAUGUGUUGCUCACUAAACCAACACAUUUUAAGACAUUAAAUGAACAUGUUCCUCUUUCUCCUCUGAAUAUGCUCCAUUUGGUAAAAUAGAAACACACUUUAGGCCCAACAUGCUGGCUCACAAAUGCUGGUGCAUAAGUGACCAAAUCGUCAAACUUUAAGGAUCAAAAUAGGGAGCUAAUCGGCAAUGUUUCCCAAAGUGGAAGAAUAUGGGAUUUUGAGUAUUCUCACCUAAAUGAAGCAAGACUUGAAUUAUCUAGUUACACUAGAACAAUGAGAGAGUGAAUUAGAAAAUGCUGUUUUCCUUGGUCUCUCUGUUCUGCUGUUUUCUCCCCUCCUACAUUAAAGACAGUUAUGUAAUUCUGAAAGAUGUAUAAAAACAGCAAUUCUUCUCAAAUACUGUCAGAGUUCUGUGGUCUGAUGUACUAUCCUGUUCUGGGUCCUGUUCUAUAAGAUUUGGGAACAGUAUAAUGUCAGAAGCAGUGAAAUGUCAGUAGCUACAAUGCUUCACAAGGCUCCAGUGACAGAAAGCGGCUUCCUGUCUCUAUGGCAGCACAGUGACCGCUACCUUACACCUCCUCAACAACAGGCACCCAUCAGUAAAAUAUCUGCUCGGUGUACAGCACUGCUCAUUUGCAUUUCCCCUAACCCCAAGCUCAGCGGUCCAUUUCCCCCAACCAAGCCUGUCGUUCAUUAACGGCUGUCUCCUGCAGUUCAUUGUGAUUAAUUGCACAGCAGGAGGUUAACAAUAUGGCACAGGCAUGGUACCAUUUCAAGGCAUCAGCCACAAAACUCCUGCAUUAACUAUUUACAAUACACUGGAGGCUUCCCAGGCCCCCACUCUGCCCUCCUACAGUGUGGGCAGCACAUCAUUCAGCAGUCUCCCACUCAGCUUCAGCUCUCCACUGGGCUCUGCCAUACUGGUGACUAAGUUACUGUUAUGCAAGCGACUCAAUGACUCAAAUAAUUCGCAGUGAAAUACAUUGUGUGAUUCAAAGCACUAUAUUGCAUACAGUGUGUGUAUUGAAGUCUGAAUAUGUGCAGAUGAGAUGAAAGCGCACAUAUCUGUUGUCUAGCUGCCUGUCUCGCAGUAAUGGCACAGACAGAUUUCGGACAGACUUCCGUUCACGUGUCUCUAAUGGUGAUGGCAAAGAGAAGAACAUUAGUGUUGAGUGAGAACUGGAGAUGCCUGUCAAAAGUCUCUGGUGCACUCUCACUUCCUUGGGCUAAUACAAUUAAUGAACAGAUGGACUCAGUUUAUCUCCCUGCUCCCUGUCUUUGUCUUGGCUUGUGUGCGUGUGUGGGUUUGUGUGUUCACGGGCACAUCUUAGGUCAUCGAAGCCACUCCCACUAGAUGGAACAACACAGAGCUCUCAUUACUGCCCGCUCACUACAUUAAAUAAGAUCUACUUGCAUUCAUGCUCUACCCUGUUGAAUUAAUGAACUCUGGAAGCAAAGAAAACUUCAGGAGAGAGGCUGGGUGGAGGUGGCAAGGGAAAGUGAGAAAUCCUGAGAAGGACCGUUUGAAUAUGCUUCUGUUUCACUGUCAGUGUUUACAGAAAGAGUGCCAGCUGUAUGGUUAAAGGGGGACACACUGAAGUAGAAAAGAAAAUGCCUUUUGUGGUAUGAAAUGAUGUGCACAUGCUUGUGUAAGCUGUUUGGUUACACACUGUGACUCAAAGACUGAGUGUUCACAUCUGUGCAUUAAACCCCUGAAGCACAAGAGGCGCUAAAGGACACACCUGUUGCAACUCCUGGAACUGCAGGUGUGUGUGUGUGUGUGUGUGUGUGUGUGUGUGUGUGUUCGUUUUAUUGUGAAAUGCCCUGUAGGCAUUGGUACAGUGUUGUUCACCGACUAAUACCUAUAUUUUAAUGUAAAAAACAAACGGUGGUAUCUAGCCAUGCAGGAAGCUUUUGUUGCAUAUUUACAUCCACAACACCAUUUUUUAUUUAUAUCGUGGUCCACAAAAUCCACUAACAUCACUCAACAGUUUUCAUGGGACUUCUUUUUUUCCCAAGAAAAAAAAUGUCUGCCAAAUUCUCAUCAUCAUCAUCCUCAUCAUCCUACAGAUGUCAGCAAGAGCACACUACUUACUCAUAGGCACUAAUAUGCUUUUUCCUUAAAAAACUCUUAUUGGGUUUCUGAAAGUUCGGAUUUGAGCAACCAUAGUUCACAUAAUUGUUUAUACCAUGCUGUGUAGCAGUUCAGAGCUUUCCACUCCCUUCAUCUUCUUCUCAGAGCUCCAUCCUCUUCUAUACAUCACCUCCUCUACGUUCUUCUCAUCCCUCCUGCCGGCCGCCUCUCUCUGUUUUAACAUUCAUGUUCUAUCACCUGCCCUUGUGUCACACCGUACACUGCAUUCUAAAACACCUCCUCCUCUUUCUCCUCUGUGUUUUUUCUUCCUCCUCCACACUUUCUCCUGUAGUCCUACCACUCAUUCGCCCACUGAAAUUACCCCCUGGCUUACCCGCUUAGUUUUCCUCUCUAUUCUCCUGUCUCCUCAUCCUGUGAUUCCUCUGAUCAUGUCCCCCCCCCCCCCUCCUAUAUUGGGGUGUGCAGCUUUUGUUUUCACAUCCACACUCGUGUAUGCACUUCUGUCAUGCACUGAUGGGAGAUAGACAGCCUUCUAAGGCUUUCAUACUUUUGUUGUGUCCCUGUUGCUACCUCUGUGUAGCUGCCAUGCAGCCUACAUGCUACUGCCGGAGUUCGACGCUGGAGUGCAAGAGGAUCAACGCGUUCUGAAUUGACCUCUAUGCAAUCCCCUAACCGAUAACUCUGGCUAUUGGCUCACACCAGAGUCACUGUAUAGUGGGAAGCAUGUGUGAGGAGAGUGAUGCCUUUCAUGUUAUGGCGAUGGCCGUUUUUGAGGAAGGAAAAUCAGCAUAAGAAUUAUUGUUGGAUAUAUUUUUUAAGAAAGCAGAAUUUACUGUGAAAUCACAUUCCAUUAUUUAUUGUGGUGUCUUUUAAAAGUACAAUUGUAGGAGUUAGUAUUUUUUACAACUGGUGGGUGUCGUUUGGUACAAACACCAUCGAGCAACAAGAAGUUUGCCACAGCUCCAUGGAAUUAUGCAAUGAAAAACGAUGACAGUUGCCAAGCGGCUAUUGCACGGAUCAUACGGACAGGCCGUGCUGGUGUGAGUUGAAAUGACUCACAGUUCCACCACUUACACUGCUGUCGAUGAUUAUGAUAAUUCGUGCACAGCACUCCACGAGCAGCUUUGUAAAGCGGCAUUAAUCAUCCCAGAUUCACUCUGACUUCCUAUACUCUCCACAUUCCCCAUCAUUCUCUUUCUCUUCCUGUCUAACUUCCCUCUCUCUCUCUCCCCCUGUCUCCAUGUUUUUCUUUCUUUCCCAGUCUUGGCUAAUCACACACAGGAGGGGUGCUGCUGCUGAAUUUUAAUAUUCAUUUAUACAGCAAGCCUUUGAUGUCCCCCAUCACCCCCUCAGUGCAGUGUAAGCACUUCUCUAUCUCCUGCUCUGCCAGCACUGCCAGCCCAGAAUAUCUCCCUCUGCACCCUGCACUUUGAGUGUGUGUGUGUGUGUACUGACUGUAGAUAUUACCCAAGAAGCCCCAACAAUGCUAGAAUAUAUGAGGGCAUGGUGAGAGCUAAGUGAGGAGUGAGGGAUAAAUAGACAAAGGGUGAAGGUGGAGCAUGAGUGACAGACGAAUGAAUGGUUAAAAAACAAAGAUGACUAUAUAUAAUAUCAUAAAAUAUUAUAAUCUCCAACAUUAAUAGUGAUGAAUCCUAACUCUGGGUUGAGUGUCAUAUAGGGGUCAAUAAGGAAUUAAGUCAUCUUAAACUGAGCCCAUCAUGGAGUUUUGAUCAUCUACUGAUCUGAGCUACAGACACACAAAUCCACAUUUACACGUAAAUACUGAUUUAUGAUUCUGUGCCAUAUUGUGUGCAUGUUUGUAUAUCCACAUGCAUUAUGUUUGUCUGUGUGGAAACUGCAGCUCUGUGGGGUGGGUCUUUGGUAGUUAACUGUAGCCUACUGUCUAUAUUUAGCCUUAAACCCUCUCCUUUCCCUUCUGUGCUCCCCUGUGUGACCCUCGCUCUGUGCUGCAGGCAUUGCCAUAUCGGAGCAUGGAGAGACGGCGCUGGCUUACAAAGAUUGAAAGACAGAGAGAGUUUCUGUUGAAAAGCUGCAUGCGUGUAGUGUAUUGAUUUACAAGCGGCGGUGAUGUCAGAGAGGAACUUUAGACUUAACGUGUAUGCGGGAACUCUGCUGUAGUUUGACGGCUCAGUUGGCUUGUUAUCCAUGUAUACAGUACAAGACAAUGAGUACAUGUAGUCGUCCUUUGACAGCCUCUCUUUCGUGUAACUAUGGAGGAUGGUGAGUUGGUAAUUCGGUUGCCAGGGCGAUCUGACUCCCCCGUGGACAAUAGGAGUUGCAGUGCUGGCGCUGGGUUUGGUGAGACGUUGGUGUUGCGGCACAAGGAGGUUCACCACUUCUUCUUCGUCCCCUUCAGGGAGCAGCCCAUCUACAGCACGAGGGCCCACGUCUUCCAGAUUGACCCCAACACCAAGAAGAACUGGCUGCCCACCAGCAAGCAUGCCGUCACUGUCUCCUACUUCUACGACAGUACGCGCAAUGUCUACCGCAUCAUCAGCCUGGAUGGCACAAAGGCAAUAAUCAACAGCACCAUCAGUCCCAACAUGACGUUCACAAAGACCUCACAGAAGUUUGGCCAGUGGGCGGACAGUCGAGCGAACACUGUCUACGGCCUGGGAUUCUCCACUGAGCAUCAUCUAGCCAAGUUUGCAGAGAAGUUUGCAGAGUAUAAAGAAGCAGCACGGCUCGCUAAAGAGAAGAGUCAAGAAAAGAUGGACAUGGCCACGUCCCCUUCUCAGGAGUCUCCGGGAGGUGAGCUCUCGUCACCACUGACCCCUGUGACUCCGCCCAUGGAAAACAUCAACGGCACGGAUGACAUCUGUGACACAACUCCCAACUCAGACACCCGUCCAGAGCCAUCUCAGAACGCACUGGCCUUUGCACACAGCCCUGCCAUGACAAAACACUGGGAGGCUGAGCUGGAGGCCCUAAAGGGGAACAAUGCCAAGCUAACUGCAGCUCUGCUGGAGUCCACAGCCAACGUCAAACAGUGGAAACAACAACUGGCCGCCUACCAGGAAGAGGCCGAGAGACUACACAAACGGGUGACGGAGCUCGAGUGUCAGAGCAACCAAUCACCAGCGAUCAAAUCCCAGAAGACUGAACUCAACCAAACCAUAGAGGAACUGGAGAAUGCACUAAGGGAUAGAGAAGAUGAAAUGGAAAAAUUAAAAGAGGAAUUGGAAAACAUGAACGACCUGAUGGAGCAGAAAGACACACUAACCCAGAAACUUGAGGAGACAGAGCUGCGCGGUCGGGUGCUGGAGGAGCAGCUGGCGGGGGCCGAGCAGCGGCUAGAGGAGAACCAGGAGGAGCAGGAGAAUUUCAGGAAGAGCCUGCGGACGCUGCUGGAGCUGCUGGACGGCAAGAUCUUUGAGCUGACGGAGCUCAGAGACACCUUGGCUCGGCUGAUAGAGGAGGCCAGCUAGAGACGGAGCUGCCUAAUCUUCACAGACAGAGCCAUAUGAUAAUUUACAUACUGACACCCGCAACUCACACACUUUGAUUUAACCCACCAUGCCCCACCUUCCUCCUACACUCCACGCACAUUAGAACUGAGACACUACACUGCCCCAAUUCUGAUUUAUUUCAAAAAGGGCAGCUAACUCCCCAACUUACCUUGGCGGCAUCGAGCUCCAACCAACCGCAGUCACAUCUGUAGUUCAAGACAACGCAGGGACUACCUCAUCUUGCCUUCUGAUUGGCUGGUGUAGGCGUAACCUUGGUUGAAUUGAUCUCUUCAGAGGUGGAGGUGCAUGUUGUGGCACACUGCAACUGCCCCCCAAACCACCCACACACUCUCAAAGAGUUAACUUGAGAUCUGUGCCUCAGUGCCAUCUGCUGUUUGACCGGGGGAGCUGCACCACAACUUGCAGCAUCACAGCAUCACAGCAUCACACACACACACACACACACACACACACACACACACACACACACACGCACACACACCCCUUUUCUUCCUCUCUAAACUGCCCCCCAAGGGGAAUGUUGAAAGUCAUGUGGAAAUAAUUGCUGUUAAGACUCAGAGAACUGCGCCAAAGCUGCCAAAUCCCCCCAAAAUAUUGUCCUCCAACUAGCAGAUGCUUUGAUCCAAAGUGACUUACUGUACAGAGAAGUGCUGAACAGAGAAACAGAGUCCCAUGUUUGAGCACGGGCUGCCAGCGGAGUGUCAACAGAAAAUGAAAAGCUGGCUCUCAAUGAAUCAGUCAGUCUUACCUGUAGGCCAGGGCGCACAGGGCUGCUGGGAAAUGAAGUUUGGUUUACUUAUCCAGAAUGACUGCUUAUAUCCACACCCUAUUUAAAAUCUGACAUGAUAGAUGACUAUUGAAUCUUGCAGAGGCAUUGUUCAUGCCACACAGAAAUUUUAAGGGGGCAUGUGCCCUGACUUGAGAAUUCCUGUAUCCAGACUGCUUCCACCGUCGCAGACACCUGACCUGUCUUCCUGCCAAACUCAGUGUGGCGUGUGUCCCCAAAUAAGGCCUGACCUUCGACAUAACGUGUGCCUUCAAAGCACAUAUGCGUUGACACAUGUUUGUAUAUAAUAUGUGUGUGUGAUUUGUGCUGUGAUAGAAAGACCCUGUUUUUGGACAUCAAGGCCCACACACACACACGCAUACACACACAAACACUGAGCAAUACCAGACAGGCUCUAUACAACACCUCUAUAUUACUCUAUCAGGUACUCUACUCAGUGGACUCAUGCAGAUAGGUCAGAUGCAACUCAGCUGAUCCCCCCCCCCCCCCCUGUCCGACAGAAAGUGAACUACUGUUGACCGCGAACCUGUGUGGCAGCCCUGUCUGGUCGAAGUAGUGCUUAGUGAAGGGCUCACAGAGUGUCAUCUACGUGUUCGUAAAUCUCCACCCUCAGUGAAACUGGCCACAGAUUUUCACUCCUCACGGGUGAAUAUAGAACUGUACUCAGUUUCUAUUCUUUUUUUUUUUUUUUUUUACACAGGAUAUAACACUGAUGAUAUAAUUAUAGAACUGUAUAAGGUAACUUUCUACUCAUGACAUUGUAAAUGUAUGGAUGGAUAACUCAAAUGCAGUAACGCCCUGCAGUGGCUUAUUGUUGUGUAUUAACCAAUGGAAAAGUAUUGCAUAGUUAUUAUAGAGUAUAUAUUCUGUAGGUGAACAAUGAAAACCUCUUCAAUAUAUAUUUAAAAUGCGUAACAACACAAUUUAAACACAUAGUGUUAAACGUUCUGUCCUGAAACAUACACUUCUGAAGCAGCUCAUGUACCGGUAAAAUCCAAAAAACUGCAUCUGAAAAUAAAUUUCUUUAAAAUCUUAACAUUUCUAAAAAGCGAUAUCCUCACAUGAAAUUCUGCUUAUUCUACCUUUCAAUUGAGCGCCCUGUUUGCACUAUGUUAUUACACUGUUGUAACUACAUUAUAUAUCAAGAGAUUUGCAUUUAAUACUAGCGCAGCAUAAUUAUUUAAUGCCAAUAUUGUAGUUAGUUACACAGGUUAAUACACUGGAAUAAGACCCAUGUAAAGGAAGUUACACAUGUUUUUUCUUUCUGGUUUAACUUUGACGGUCGAAUGACAGAUGGAAUACCCUGAUAUUAAUGCUAUUGUUAAUGAAUGCCUUUGUACAGUAGUGGAUAAGAAGCUUUUCAUUCUCCUGUUUUGUAACUUAUGGUAUUUAAAUGUAUUAUUAUUGUAUUUAGAGGUAUGAGAAGACUGGCAAUAUUUUUGACUAUUUAAAGUAAUUUUGAACUCAUGAUAUUAAAGAGGUACCUCAGGCUUAAGAUGUU